CUCUGUUUAUUUUUCUAGAUGGCUGAUUUGACUGCCAUCGAGACAAUGACAGAAUAUGAAGGACAGAAGAAGACUGUAAAAGAUUUGCAAGAUCGUCUUGCAGAUGCAGAGCCUCAAAUCUUGGAAGCAAAGAAAUUGCGCAAAAAGCUGCACAACACCAUACUGGAACUGAAAGGAAAUAUCCGAGUGUUUUGUAGAGUACGCCCUGUUUUACCUGGCAGUGAUUGUGGUGGCACAGAGGGGUCAGUUGUUUCUUAUCCUACAUCACUUGAAUCUCUUGGUACGCCCUGUUUUGUAGAGUACGCCCUGUUUCUUAUCCUACAUCCUACAGAGGGGUCAGUUGUUUUUUGGUAUUAGUCUGGACUUUCAUAUUCUCUAAUGUUCUUGCGGUGACUUAACCUAGGUUUUCCACUCUGAUCAUUUUGUUGCCUGGCCAGUUCUACCGAUUCUCUUAUCCUUUUGACCCCUAAUGGUGGCUCUGAUGCCAUUCUUGUAUUACAUCUCUAAUAUGCAGCAUCUACUUCAUGCCAUUUUAUUAUUUGUUUAACAAGUGCCACCUUUAUUUGAUUUUUUCUGGUGAUGGCAUGCUGAAUUUAAGAAAAUGAAUUGUCUGUUGUUGCAGGUAUGCAUAUUUGCUUAUGGGCAAACAGGUUCUGGUAAAACUUAUACAAUGAUGGGCACGCCAGAACCGCCUGAGCAGAAAGGGCUUAUACCCCGAUCUCUGGAGCAAAUAUUCAGAGGAUGGAAAUAUUCAGCCAAUCUCUACAAAGUCAGGGAUGGAAAUACAA